UCCCCAAGAAAAUCCAACGUGUGGGCAACAGCACAAAGAUAUCAUAAAGCAACUUCUUGAUUCCAAAACACCACUAUGGCUGCUCCUUCAGAUUUCACCAAUAAAAAACGAACGAGAUUUGGUUGUGCUUUUUCUACUUACUUUUCGGGAUAUAACGGCGCUGAAGCAACCCAUCGAAACGGACGAUGCGAAGGGAGGUUUAUCAAAAUUCGCAAAGCUGGCACGCUCGGUUACGAGAAGUCGAUCUGUUCUUGUUUCUCAAUUCUCAUCGCAUAUACCGAAUUUAAAGGAUACAACGAAGCAAUCGCAUCUGGCACAAAUGAUGAGUUUAAGUGCAGAUAUUAUGCCUCAAUACCGGCAGGAAGCGCCGAAAACGCCUCCGCACAUUUUACUACAUUACUGCGCCUUCAAAGCCAUUUGGGAUUGGAUUAUUUUAUGCCUAACAUUUUAUACAGCAAUUAUGGUACCAUAUAAUGUCGCCUUCAAAAACAAGACUUCCGAAGAUGUAUCACUUUUGGUCGUAGAUUCUAUAGUUGAUGUGAUAUUUUUUAUAGACAUCGUUUUAAACUUUCACACUACAUUUGUUGGACCGGGAGGUGAAGUUGUUUCGGAUCCUAAGAUUAUAAGGAUGAACUACUUGAGAAGCUGGUUCGUCAUAGAUUUACUAAGCUGUUUACCUUACGACGUAUUCAAUGCCUUUGAUCACGACGAAGACGGGAUCGGAAGCUUAUUUAGCGCGUUAAAAGUUGUACGUCUCCUACGAUUGGGUCGAGUUGUACGAAAACUCGAUAGAUAUUUGGAGUAUGGGGCGGCAAUGUUGAUACUGCUACUUUGUUUUUAUAUGUUGGUAGCACAUUGGCUCGCUUGCAUUUGGUAUUCUAUCGGAAGGUCCGACGCCGAUAAUGGUGUACAGUAUAGCUGGCUGUGGAAACUCGCCAACGUUACACAAAGCCCUUAUUCGUACGAAUACCAAAACAAUAACUCCGAUAGCGCUGUGCUCACAAAUGGACCCUCGAGAAAAGCCAUGUACGUAACCGCUCUUUAUUUCACGAUGACGUGUAUGACUUCGGUGGGAUUUGGAAAUGUAGCGGCGGAAACAGACAACGAACGGAUUUUUACUAUUUGUAUGAUGAUCAUUGCUGCUCUUCUUUAUGCCACCAUUUUCGGUCACGUAACAACCAUAAUACAGCAGAUGACAAGCGCAACUGCAAAAUAUCACGAUAUGCUCAAUAAUGUAAGGGAGUUUAUGAAAUUACACGAAGUUCCUAAAGCUUUAUCGGAGAGGGUAAUGGAUUACGUAGUUUCGACGUGGGCAAUGACGAAGGGAUUAGACCAGGACAAGGUAUUGAACUUCUGCCCGAAAGAUAUGAAAGCGGAUAUAUGUGUUCAUUUGAACCGGAAAGUUUUCAACGAACAUCCGGCGUUCCGUCUUGCAUCGGAUGGCUGCCUCAGGGCUUUAGCAAUGCAUUUUACAAUGUCGCAUUCCGCCCCAGGAGAUUUGCUGUAUCACACCGGGGAGUCUAUAGAUUCAUUAUGUUUUAUAGUCACAGGUUCGUUGGAAGUAAUUCAAGAUGAUGAGGUGGUAGCAAUACUAGGGAAGGGUGAUGUGUUCGGCGAUUCCUUUUGGAAGGAUAAUGCAGUGGGACAAUCGGCGGCGAAUGUUCGUGCUUUAACAUAUUGUGAUCUCCAUAUGAUUAAAAGAGACAAGUUGUUAGAAGUGUUAGAUUUUUAUCAUGCGUUCGCAAAUAGCUUCGCUAGAAACUUAAUUUUAACGUACAAUUUGAGACAUCGAUUAAUAUUUCGUAAGGUAGCCGAUGUUAAAAAGGAAAAAGAGUUGGCGGAAAAACGGAAGAAUGAGCCCCAAUUAGAUCAAAGCCAACAUCAUUUAGUGCGGAAGAUAUUUUCAAAGUUUAGAGGAGAUAGAACCCAGCACACUCCGCCCGCGGCGCAUCCCACCGCCGAUGUGGAAAAGGGCGAGGAAGGUGAUAAGCCGAUAGUGCGAGUGACGUCGGCCGCAAAGUUAUCAUCGGUCGCCGAGAAGGACGAUAGUAGCGGUGGAAGUAUAACCACGAAGGUUUCGCGACCACCUACAGCGCGAACGAGUAAAUGGGGACGACUGUUGGGGUCUGCCAGUCUGGACUCCGCCUCGGAUACGUCAUCGCAACCUCCAACGUUUACACGUAGUUUAAGUGCCAGAGAUGCCUCUAAAGACCGACCGAGCUCGUCGUCUUCCGGAAGUACGAUAGGUCAGCAGACGGUCGGUGGGUCCGGAAACAAAGUGUUUCCGAAGCUUCAAAAGAUGUCUACCACUUCCAGUCCCGGAAUAAUAAGGCAGGACACGAUAGAGGAAAUAGUCGAAAUCGAAACUCCACGCCUUAGAAAUUUAAGUUUACGAAAAAUGGAAAGCUACGACAGUGGGCUUAGAGAUCCUGCAGUUGCUCAUUUUUAUCAACAACCCGUCCCCGAUAGUAUAGCGCCUCCAGAGUACAAAGAACUAAUGACGAACAUUAUGGAUUUUAAAGUAGACGUGAAACUCGAAAUUCAACGGUUGAAUCAAAAAAUGGGAAGGAUGGAAGAAUUACUUUCAGAAUUACUUAAAAAAGUCAGCGCGGAGAGUAGUUCCAGUUCGCAAUCUCCUCAAGGUGAUUCGGAUGUUCAAAAGAAAAAGUCUUCCACUUUAACGCCGGAGCGGCCUACCGAAUUGGUACCCGGUACGUCAGAGAAUACAGGAUUAGGCCCUAUAAUACUUAGAAAAAGAAGAUCGAAAACCAGAAUGAAAGGAACCGCGCCGCAAAUACCUACACCGCCAGGAGGAGGAAGAAUCGCGUCCCCCGAAAGCUUGACAGCCAGUCCAACCGAAACGACUAGGAUGCUGGACGAGCCCGCGCAGACGCCGUCCUCUAGAAAGACCAAAGAAUUUGUCUAGUAUUAGUUAACUAAGAAAACUAAACUAAGUAAUUGUAAAGCAACUAGUUUGACGCCUGCCACUAAAUUAGAUAGCUGAUGAAUAUAAAUAAUUCUAACGUUAUUUUAACACUUUUACUAAAUUCUGUAAAUAAUCAGCUUUAGAACGAAGUUAGGUCAGACAAUUUCGUAUGAUCAUUAAAUUAAUGAUAGUACGAGGUUUGCGCAAAUGAUGCCUUGUACCUGCGCUAAGGAAGGGUAGUCUUUUAAUCACGCUUGAGGCGCUAUCUUUUACUAAAAACACGAAUCAAUCUUACUGCAACUUUAAAUUUUAACGGCAACUAUUGCCACUUUCACCAAUUUUUCCUUUACUAAAAGACUAAGUAAAUUUCUCUGGCAAAUACCAACAUUCUUCCUACACGGCAUCAACCCUCUUCUACCUUAUUUUUCUGUGAUAUUAUAUAAUGAAAUCUCUACGGAGAAAAAGUAUAUGAUGUAAAAAGAUGUAUUAAAAAUGGUUGUACAAGAAAAAUUGUUAAACGUUUGCCAGUCAAAUCUGCAAUUAUUAGCAAUAUUGACCUAAUUCUAAAACAUGUAGGCUAAGACACGACUUGAGGGAAACCUCAAUGGGUAUCGUUCUAUUCAGUUCACCUUUUAUUGGUCAGUGAAAAUGAGUUGUGUCAAAAUUGCGAAUGUCACAGCGUUCGUACUUAUCGCAAAUAUGGUUUUAAGAAAAAAAAGACUGUCAUAUAUUGUUACUUUGUACUCAUAGUCACUUUUAUUACACGUAAUACUUGUUUGUUGCAAGUUUGUAAAUUUUUAUCACCAAAUAAUACAUUCAGUGUGAAUGGCGAUCAAUAUUUAUAUGUUACCGAACUUUGAUUUCAGUGUUUGAGCUUUUGAAUAAAAAGCACUUUAUCGUGUACAAAGGAUUUUUGCAAAAAAAAGUGUAAAUAUUGGGUGCGGUAGAUGAGCCUAGUUCUUUGUAAAUAAAACUACUC